AAAUACCCCCGCCCCCCCCCCCCGCCGCCCCAAGCCGGCCUCAGAGAUGCUGUAGGGCAAAUCAGCGGCCCCCAAAGCCUCGGCACUUGCCCCCUCUCCCUUGUCCCCCUCCUGCCCCCAUCGCGCUGCCGGACGCUGGAUCCCCGACCCUCGCCCGCCUCCCCCCGCGGCCCCGGGGCUCAAGGUGUGGAUCCCUCCCCCGUGCCGGCCGGGGCUGUGACCUCCCACCAUGGGGGUUAAGGCGGUGCUCCCCAGCUACGAGCUGGGUUUUUAUGCCCUCGUGGUGACCUGUGCCGUGCUCUACAGCGGCAGCGGCAUCUUGGAGGCAUCCAGAGACAGCAUGAACAGAAAGGCCUUUCGGGAUGGCAUAAAGCCAGGCUGGCACUACUUUGGCAGGAAGAUGGACGUGGCUGAUUUUGAGUGGGUGAUGUGGUUCACCUCGUUCAGGAACGUCAUCAUCUUCGCCCUCUCAGGACACGUCCUCUUCGGCAAGAUCUGCUCCAUGACUGUGCCACAGCACCGGGCUGUGAUGUACAUGAUCUACGGGGUCCUGGCUGUGCUGGGCAGCAUGGGGCUGGUCUACCUGAUGAUCAUCCUCUCCCACUGCCUGCUCCUCUACUCGGUGGCCCUGGCCAAGCAGAAGUGGCUCUGCUACGUGGCCGGGCUCUGCUGCCUCGCCUCCUUCAAGGUGGAGCCCUUUGGCUCGUGGCAGAGCGGGUUUGUGACGGGAGCUUUUGAUCUCCAAGACGUCCUUUUCUACGGAGGAUGCACCUUCACCAUCAUGCGCUGCAUGAGCUUUGCCCUCGAGAGCUCCGAGAAGGAAGAGGGCAUCUACUCCAUCUUCGACCUCCUCAAGUACAACUUCUACCUCCCAUUCUUCUUCUUCGGGCCUGUCAUGACGUUUGACCAGUUCCACGCCCAGGUGAGCACGCGAGAGCUGAGGCGCAAGGACGACGAGAUGAAGAGCAUCCGUGUCAAUGCCCUGCUCCACGUGGGGGCCAUCGUGGCUGUGGACAUCUUCUUCCACUUCUUCUACAUCCUCACCCUCCCUUCUGACCUGAAGUUCGUGAACCGCCUCUCGGACUGGUCCUUGGCUGGCCUGGCCUACUCCAAUCUGGUCUAUGACUGGGUGAAGGCUGCUGUCAUGUUUGGGGUCAUCAACACCAUCGCCAGACUGGACCACCUGGACCCACCCCAGCCCCCAAAAUGCAUCACUAUGCUCUACAUCUUUGCCGAAACGCAUUUUGACAGAGGGAUUAAUGACUGGCUGUGCAAGUACGUGUAUGACCACAUUGGAGAGAACCAUGACAACAUCCUGAAGGAGCUGGUGGCCAGCAUCAGCACCUUUGCCAUCACCACGCUGUGGCUGGGGCCCUGCCAGGUCGUUUACAUCUGGUCCCUCGUCAACUGCUUCGGCCUCAACUUCGAGCUCUGGGUGCAGAAGUUCUUCCAGCUGGGGCCCUUUGCCAAGCUGGAGGCCAAGCUGUCAGGGGCCAUGUCUCGGCGGAUCAGGGCAGCUUUUGGGGCGGUGAACUUCUGGGCCAUCGUCCUCUACAACAUCCUGGCCCUCAACAGCCUGGAGUUUGCACUGCUGGUGACCAAGAGACUCCUCGUGAUGGGUUUCCCUGUGAGCACCUUGUCCAUCUGGUUCAUCACGUACUGCGGCGUGCAGCUGAUCAAGGAGCGCGAGCGCGUCCUGGCCGUCCGGGAGGAGGAGAAGGGUGACAAGGCAAAGGUGGAGUAGGGGAGGCACCGCGGGCUUGUCCUGAAGCCUCGUCUCCCUUCCAGCCACUGCUGCCAGGCCAGCCACUGGCCAGGGCUCUCCAAGCCCUCCUGACCAUCAGACUGCUGUAGCUCAUCCACGUAGAAGUCACCUGGAAGGCACAGGUCACCCCCUUGCUGCAGGAAAGAUUUUUCCAUCGGGCACAGCGGGCGUUUCACAGUCUCCCCAGGCGUGGCAGGAUGCUGAGGCAGCUCCCAGGACAUUUCUUCCACGCCAGAGCCAUCCUCGUUGUUUUUCUGACCCUCUGACAGCGUGCAGGCCCAGAGAUUUCACCCCCUGCUUGGUGCACCAGCGCUGGGCUCCCCCUCAGCCCAUGCCUCCCACAGGAGGCUCUCCAGGCCCCAUGGCUGGAGGUUUUGGGAGACUCUCCAGGCCCCAUGGCUGGAGGUUUCGGGAGUCUCUCCAGGCCCCAUGGCUGGAGGUUUUGGGAGACUCUCCAGGCCCCAUGGCUGGAGGUUUUGGGAGACUCUCCAGGCCCCAUGGCUGGAGGUUUUAGGGCCCUGCACUGCUGGAUCCAAGACUGACGUGGCCACCACGACCACCCCGCUGCGACACGUGUCCUGGGACUCAAGCCAAACCCCACCUCAGUUUUUUUUUACAUGCCGUGGACAAAGGUCUAAGCUCACAUUCCUGCCCCAUGGCUGAGGGACAGAACGUGCUGUGGCCACCCCUUGCUCAUCUCUAUCCACCCAUCCCUUUCCUCAGCUGCCUUUGGAGUGCACAGCCCACAGCUGUAGGGCUGAGUGAGCACACGGCUGAAUGCAAUCAAGGGAGGAAAACCCCAGGUGAAGGGCAGGGAUCAGGGCUGGGGGGUGGAGGGAAAGCCCAUGGGAGACUCCUCGGAGAAUUAGACUUUGGGAGUGUGUGAAACACGGUGCCUUGGGGGAAAGGUGGGUUUGUGACACAGAAAUAGCUCUGUCUCUCUUGCACUUUAGAGUAACUCUCAGUGGCCUUAUCUCUGAUUUGUGUGGCUGUCUGGGGGCAGGAUCCACACCACACCCCUCUGCAACAGGGGUUGAGACGCUUGGUGCAUCCCUGUGGGUGAAGCAGGAAUGGGUUCCUAGCCAGCUUUCAGCUCUGCCAAAGUAAUUUGUGAAGUCCCUGGUAAAUGUCUCUUAUUUAUGUAGCCAAUAAAUGUUGGAUAACUCUG